GGCUCGGCUCGGCUCGGCUCCAGGGAGGGGAGUGACGUCUCCGCUUCUCCUCUUCCUCCCCACGCGCCGCGCAGAUCCCGAGCCGACGCGGAAGCCUUCCUCCCUCCCUCGCGCGCGCCAACGCAUCUGACUAUUCCAACCCACACCUUCUCCCCGCGAUUCGGUCUCGGGCGCUGCUUCUAUUACACGGCGGCGAGGAACGCUGCCGCUUCUGCUCGUAACCGUAGCGGUCAGGCGGGAGCGGGAGGGUAGGGUUGGCAAUGGCGGUGGCGGGGAGGAACGCGGGCGUCCUCGCGCUCUUCGACGUCGACGGCACCCUCACUGCCCCACGCAAAGUGGUGACGCCGGAGAUGCUGGAGUUCAUGAAGCAGCUGCGUCAGCAUGUGGCUGUCGGCGUGGUGGGCGGAUCCGAUCUGAUGAAGAUUACCGAGCAGCUCGGCAAAUCAGUUAUUACCGAUUACGAUUUCGUCUUCUCUGAAAAUGGCCUGGUUGCACACAAGAACGGCGAGCUAAUUGGAACUCAAAGUUUGAAAUCAUUUCUAGGAGAACACAAGCUGAAGGAAUUUAUUAACUUCACUCUUCACUACAUUGCUGACUUGGAUAUCCCAAUUAAAAGGGGUACGUUCAUAGAAUUCCGAAGUGGAAUGAUCAAUGUGUCUCCUAUCGGUAGAAACUGUAGUCAAGAAGAACGUGACGAAUUUGAGAAGUACGAUAAGGUGCAUAACAUCCGUCCUAAAAUGGUGUCAGUGCUUCGUGACAAGUUUGCACACUUGAACUUGACAUUUUCUAUUGGAGGGCAGAUUAGUUUUGAUGUAUUUCCCCAAGACUGGGACAAAACUUACUGCUUGAGAUAUCUUCAGGAAUUUCAGGAAAUCCAUUUCUUUGGGGACAAGACCUACAAGGGUGGCAAUGAUUACGAGAUAUUUGAAUCUGAUAGAACAAUUGGUCAUACAGUUACCAGUCCCGAUGACACAGCACAGCAAUGCAGAUCUCUCUUCAUGUCGAAGUGAUCUCCAACUUGUUUAUUUACUUCAAAUUUACAAUAUUUCCUGAUCUAAAAUAAUGGCCUAAAGAUCUUUCAUUGAAUGCAUUUUUUUCAUAACGGUUAUAUGGCACCAUUUUUGCUUCCAAGUUCAAACAGAAUGUACUGCUCCAUUUUCGCGAAUUUCAGAUCAUAUGUAUACACUUGGUGAAAAUAUAUCAAAGUUGCCUAUUUUUACUGUA